AUGGCGGAUUACAAAGACAAUCAGAUUGCUCCGAUCGAAAAGGCGGCUACAGGAAGCAAUAGAGACGACUUGAAGAGCACCAAGGAAACUACGCCAACAACCUCUGCGCACGCUUCGAGUCGUCGAGUUGCGAGAGGUGGCGACAAUUCUUCCCCCGUUACACCUGGCAAGAGAGUUACGAUUCGUUCUGCGAGUCUUUUUGGACCCGGAAAUGAAGGAGACGACGACCGUGGGGUUUACUCUUCUUCUCUAUCCUCAAAGACAGCUGUAGAAUCCGAGCCUUCUGUAGAAUUUGGCACGCUGGUAAACUCCAAAUCGCCUUCAGAAUCCGAGAAGCAUCAUAUCAUCCUGACAUAUCUAUCUCUUCUGGCGCUGUCACGUAACUCAUUGCGGCCUGUAAUCGAACUCAGCAUGGAUACACAGCUAUUACAGCUCGACGCCUUCCUAGCUGGCCACAUCACGGCGGAUGGCGACGCUACCCAAUGGCUACCGGAGAGCGAGACACCAAUGCGACGUCAGCACUACGCUGAUCUCUGUGCAGAGCUCGUUCCGAAUUUGACAGUUACCAUCACGCGUCAGUCUCAAGAGAAUUGGAACGCUGAGAGGAAGAAUCAGGCCCAAGGCGGCAACAACCCAGAACACAAGAUGUUCUCGAAGAUUUAUCUUGCGCCUGAGCUAGUGAAGUCUUAUGGAGAGCUCGUUGAGAUAUGGCGCCGAGAUGACAAAGAUUUCAACCUUGACAUGGAUCCCUGGACCGAGCCACAGAGGUAUAACGGAUUGAUUGAUCUUCUGAACGCAAUAUCUGUGAUCCAGUAUGACUUCAAGAACUGGCGACACGUAUCUCCUGAACCAGAAUUCAACCAGAUGCUGCGUCCAGAUGGGGUAGAGUUUCAGCGCGUAAUGCGAGACCCCUCGAGCAUCCGUGCCUGCUACCGCGUGACGACCCCCCAAGGAAAGCAAUUCUGGCAGGAUCAAAUCAUUCCUGAGAUCAAUGAGAAGAUCACCGAGUACGAGUGCAUGCAGAUUUGGCAGCUCAAGAAACCGGGAAGUAUAUAUUUACUCCCAGAUCCCAAGGACGUCUCCAUCCCCAGGCUGCCCAAAGACAGAGUCUGGAUAAAGUCCGACGAAAACGGCCAGGAAUGGAUCUGCAGCGUUAACAAAUGGUCCCCAACACUAAUCUUCUAUGUUUUCGACAAGAAGACAAACGCUUACAUUAACCACCACGUCCUCCCUCCGUAUCUACUCGACACCAUGGAUCUGAACGACCGAGCCUGGAGCGUCAGCUACCGCAAAAGGAUUGCGCAGUGGCGUAACCGUGCCACUCUCCAAUCCACUACCACGCGGGAGCCCUGGUCCAUAGAAGAGCGCGCUGCCGUCUACGAAUGGGCAAACGCGUACUGCAAGGACAACGGCAUCGACGAGCUGCGUAUAGCGGUUGCUGACCAAAAAAGGAAAUACAUUCAUGAUGUUGUCAAAAAAUCAGAUGACCAUGGUCGUUCUGCAGAGAGUAUUGCCGCUUGGGUGCGCCAUGAGAUGUCCAAGAAGCCGAAGGAACCUCUUGGGCUUCUUUACGUUGAACACCUGCGGGUCUUGGCCAUGGUCAAUGCUGGCGAGAAGGUUCCUGGUAGAGUGCAGUUUCCGGAUCAAUUCAUCGACGUUGACAAGUUCAAGAAUGAGGCGCAGGCUAAAGCUGCCGCGAAAGAAUCUUCAAGAAGGGAGAAGAAGCGGAAGCGUGGCAAGAAUGAUGGGUCUGAUGGUGACGAAAGUGUUGUAGAUGAUGCCGACAGGUCCAUCUCAGUUGAGUCUUACGAGAACAUCGCAAAAGAUCCUCGCAACAACGACCUUGAAGAUGACGCUACUGAUGAGAUCGGCGAGGCAUAUGACCGCGAAGAAAGCUGCAAUAUACCCCAAGGGUGUCACGAUAGGGCCAAAAUCUACCCUAAGGGCAAAGGUAAGCAGCGCGGCGAAGUGGCUGAAAAACAACCACACCUCAAGCUCUACAUCAAGUUAAAGGGUAUGACCAAGGACGAGGAGAUGGCUGCAGCUGAGGCAGCUGGUCGAGCUGCCGAUCGUGCUGCCGCUACUGCGGAGGGUGACCACUAA